AUGACAAGUCUAAAUAAUUUAUCUACUAGUGAUGUUAACCGUUUAAGUGAUGGACAAAAACGGAAAAUCAAUAUGACAGAUUGGAAAAAUGUAAAAAACAAAACUCUUCGAAAUAGUGGGAAGGAAUAUACAUCUCAGAGUAAAAAGCUUGUACCAGCUAAAACACCUCCAACCGUGGAUCAAGUUUGUGACCAGAGUUCAUGUCCUUGGCAAGGUUGUGCAACAAUGACUUUAGCAAGAAAACUUUUAUUAUUUGACGAAUUUUAUAAGUUAACGUAUGAUGAACAAUCAGCUUUUUUGUAUAAGUGUAUAAAAGUAAAUGCUUCUGUGAGAAGACGACCAGGAAAAACAGAUGCUACAUCACGACGAUUUUGUUCAUUUAAAUAUUACAUAGAUGAUUUACAGGUAUGCAAAAAUACUCUUUUAAAUACGUUUUGUAUUACAAGAAGACGUGUUAUGACGCUACAAGAUAAAAUUAAAUUAGGUAUUAUUACACCUAGGGAUAACCGUGGAAAACAUUUAAAUAGACCUCAUGCUAUUGAUGCCCCUGUAAGAGAUUUAAUUAGACAACACAUAAAUAGUUUACCUCGACAACCGUCUCAUUACAGCCGUAUCGCUACAGAUAACCUGCAAUGUUUGAGUUCAGACUUAAAUUUGUGUAAGCUUUAUCGAUCGUUUAAAAAUAAAUAUCCAGAUAUAAAUGUCAGUAAACGUAUCUAUAGAAAUAUUUUUCGGUCAGACUUUAAAUUACGUUUCGGCUAUCCGCGUUCAGAUACAUGCAAACAGUGUGAUUUUUUUUAUAAUAAAUAAGUGGCAGCUGAUACAGAGGAAGAAAGAAAAAAAAUAGAAAUUGAUAGUAAGUUGCAUCAUUCUAAAGCUGAGCAAUCGUAUGAUGCCCUUAAAAAAGAUACAGACAUCGGUAGACUCAAUAGCUCUAUUGUAGUGCUUUGCGUUGAUCUACAGCAAGUAUUAUUUUGCCCAACUCUUACACAUUCUAACA